CUACAGCAGCACUGAAGGAAAUAGAAGUGCUGUACAGUCCCUGACUUGAUUGGUCAGACAUAUUACAUCAGCACAUGGGGCGCGGCUUUCCAGUAAAGCAUGCUUCAAAGUCGUCUCGUACAGUCAGUGAGUGUACAUAACUUUAUGCGUUACCGUUUAAUUAUUUUGACGUUUUAAAGUUUGUGAAUCGUAGCGACUAAAUCGGCUAAAAUUGACAUGUACAACAUAAUAUAUUUAUAGAAACGCAAAUGAACAGUAUCCCAGGAAACAAAGUUGCGCGUGCCAGGAUGUAGACAAGUAUUUUAACUUAUUUCAACACAAGAAAACAGCUAGGUGGAUGUUUUUAUGCGUCUAAGGUUUAACGAUGUUAGUUUGUAGCGAAAUAAGCAAAAGCGUCACAAAUUUCGGAGUUCACGCGACUACUCGCGUAACGUAGGCUACUCCUAUACUGAAGCUAUAGAUAUAGCGGUACGUUGCGCAAUACUGGAAUUUUUGCAGGCGUAAAUGCCGUGAGCGAUGGCAUGGACAAACCUCAUCUUAUGUUUUUAUAUACCAAUAUACAUGUGGAUAUGCUGUCAAGCUUCAUCUGUAGUAAAUGUAAACUGCUGGUGGAACCAAUCUCUACCUAUAGCAGACAAUGUAUCCGUUGUGUGCCUCACAAGUUCUCAGGGAAUCCCACACAAUUGUGAUUUCUGCCAGCUUGAUGUUAUGACACCUUCGCAGAGACAUCAGCUACCCAAUACCUGUGCCAACAUCUCCAACCCUUUUGUCAUUUCCGUUGCAUCCGAUGACAGGGGACAUAUUCGCUGUAUGCUAAAGUGCAGGGACAAUAAAGAGCAUACAUGUAACGUUACAGUAUUAGGAGGAAACCCCCCAUCUCCUCCAUCGGGUCUUGACUGUGCUAUAGAACACAUGGAUAUUGAUAUGGAUAUCCACUGCUCCUGGAGUACAGCCUAUAAGCCAGUGAUACCAACUAUUUACACCCUACACUGGAAAGAUUAUGAGGGGAAAAUUCGCUCCAGAGUGAGUGAAAAUGAGCAUUGCGUCAUAAAGCGUUCUGAAUAUGAGAAAUGCAAUGAAAUGACAGUUUGGGUCACUGCUAGAAAUGUGCUGGGUACGACACAGUCACAGGAGUUUGAAUUUAACACAGGAAGAAUCAUUCGACCAACCACGCCUGACAUUACUUACCACACCUCCACACCUCUGGAGAUUUUCUGGGAAAUGAGCUGUGACAUCCCGGGCUUCCCAGGCAAGAAGUGUGAAGUGCAGUAUCACACAGUCGAUGAUGUAAAUUGGACUAAGGUUGAUGAUUAUCAAGUCUCAUUUUGGUUGGAAGACCCUCAACCGUUCACAGAGUACCAGUUUCGUGUACGAUGCCGCUGUGAACAUGAAGAACAUGAAGAACAUAAAGAACAUGAACAUAAAGUUAUAAGUAACUGGACUUCAGUGUAUUUAGUCAGGACUCCUCCUGCAGCACCGGUCGGAAAGCUGGAUGUUUGGAGUGAUUGUACCUCUAAUUUUGACACAUCCUUUUGCAACGUCUAUUGGAAGGAGAUGCCCGUGUAUCAGGCUAGAGGAGAGAUUAAUAACUAUAUAGUGACGUUUAAGUUGAAGAACGGCACUGAGAUCGAACAGGUUACCAGACAACGGAGAGAUACUAAAAGUCAGCAUUCCGGCUGCCAGAGGCUCCGCCGUUUUUCACUGCUUCCGGGUGUUGUGGGGGUUUUUGUGUCAGCCAACACUUCAAUGGGAACAUCUGAUCCUACAUUUAUGGCACUUCCUGUGCAGGGUCUGUCGACACCAGGUGUGAAUUUGAGUGUUACAGAGAUGAAUCAGAAGCUGGUGGUCUCAUGGUCAGUGCCCUCCAGGUUAUCUAAGAACAUACAGGAGUAUGUGGUCCAGCAUGUGUCCGUAGAGCCGUCUCACACUUCCUGCUUGAACUGGACCCGAGUAAAUAAAACCCAAAGUUCUGUAACAUUUACAGGUGAAUUCAGAAACUACACUGCUUAUAAUGUGUCAUUAUUUGCUGUCAUCAACAACAGCAGCAACUUUCUCAGAUCUGCACUUGCGUACAAACUUCAGGGAGUUCCUCCUAAAGUCCCAGAGUUUCAUGUGAAGAACAUCUCUCACACCUCUGUCACCUUGAUUUGGAGCCACAUUCCUGUGCAUGAGAGUAAAGGUGUUAUUCUGCAGUACACAGUGGGAGUCAAUGAGGCUACAGGGGUUAAUGUGAGCAGUGACAGAACCAGUUACCAGAUAUCUGAGCUAGAGCCAGCUCAACAGUACCAGGCCUGGGUCAGCGCCGUGACGGUUGCUGGUGAGGGAGCGAGAAGUAUCACAACCUUCUCAACCGAAGAUAAACCUGGUUAUGUUACCCCAACGUUGCUGGCUAUAUUCAUAGUCAUACCAUUGUUUGUCCUGACACUACUCAUUGUGCUUAUUGUCAUGUUGCGUUCAUCUAUAUCCAUGUUGUGCUUUGAGGUCAUUCCAGACCCCACAAACAGUAAAUCAUUUAAACAUGCAAACUUUCAGCACGUUUGGCCUGGAAUCUGUUCUACCUCAGGAUCAGUUCUGAAGAUCUCUGAACUGGAGAUUGUGGAAAACCUGAUUUCCGUCACAGCCAUUCCUCCCUGUGAGACUAUACUUGAUACAGAGUUCCAACGGGACCACAAACCAGAUGGAGACAGAGAGAUUAUAGAGGACAAUGUAGAGCCGGCGAGAGAAACUGUUUCGGGGCGUGAUGGCUGGAGAAAAGACUACAGUGAGAUGGUUGACACAGAUGAAGAGGAAGGUGGUGGUGGUGAUGAAGAAGACGAUGAUGAUGAAUGGGAAGAACAGAACUGUGUCUCAGACUAUGAAAGGCAUUUUAUGCCAUCUGUGGAGGCAAUUUAACUUUGAAUGUUGAUCUGCAGAAACUGUGUUCUGGUGCCUAGAACUGAAAGACUGCAUGGAAUAACUGUUUUAUCAGGACCAUACACAUGCUCUUUGUGAAUUGCCAAAGUUGCCAUAUCGGCAGAGGGGUUUUGCGCAACUAUGCACACAAUGGCAAAAGUUCACAAGCUGCCACUGGCUGACCAAAUGUUGCUGUGUCGGGAUGAUCAGAGGAUCAAAACAGACAGCACACAAAAGCACAAAUGACUACAGUGUUGACACAUUUCAGGGAAAUAAAAUUCAUUUCUUUUAUCCGUUUUUGCACAUUUAAAGGGGACAUAUCAUGAUUUUUUUUCUAUGUUUAAGUGCUAUAAUUGGGUCCCCAGUGCAACAGAACAACCCAAUAACUUAGUUUUGGUAAACCAUUCUCUGCAAGCAUGUGAAAAAAUAGGUAAUUGAAAUUUGGCUCCCCUUGUGAUGUCAAAAGGGGUUCUUAUUAUGAUAAUACCACCCAUUAAUCUGCACUAUCCAAUCACGGCACUGCCAUUCAGUGCAGGAAGAAAGAGAGAGAAAUAAUUGACAGGACAAUUGAGUUUCAAUUUAACAAACCACCAUCAUGGUGAUCAGUGUUUGCAUUUCAUCAGCUUAUUUGCAUUUAAGGACACACCUACAAAGUGGCAAUUUUAAAAAGCUAAAACUUCACAUAUGUACUCUGGGGACACCAAAUAUUUAUUUUACAUCUUAAAAAAGUCGUUUGAAAUGUCCCCUUUAAACCGAAUAGGAGAAAGUAUUUCAACAGUGCAUCGCACAAAAUAAAUAAAAAAUGCUAAUGGAUGAGAAUUUGCUAAUGAUAUGUUUAGAAAUAUGGAUGUAUCAUUAACAUAAAUUGAGAACCGUUUCUUUUGUACAUAAUAAAUUUUGCAUGUGUUUUGUAUA